AUGGCGCCAAACGACGAGCAAGCAAGCAAGGAUCCGGCGAGCAAUCCAAAGCAGAGCAACACUGCUACAUCAACAGAGCACCAAGCUUCAUCUCCCUCGUUGCUGACGCAGCCAACCCGACACCCACCUCACAACACUCUGCACACUCCUACCAUGCCCAAGACGACACCUUCAAGAAGGUGGCGACGCACGUUGCGCCGUUGCCGUCCAGUCUUGAAAAGACAAGGGUUUUCACCCGGGUCAUGGAGCAGGAGGGAGAGGAAACGAACCUCGACGAAGCCUCCAAGGAGGAGAACGACACCUGCCCGUGUCGUCGACGCCGUGGCCGGAGAACCAGCCAGGGAUUUCUCCCGGUCCAGUUCCGCUGCUCUAGGCAACCCCACCAACCACGGAUCCGGCGUCCAGAGGCCGCCGGCGACCAGAUCCGGCGAGGAGGAGCGCUCUGAGGGGAAGUGGAAGCCGCCUUCAGAUCCAGACGCGAACAUGGAUGCCGCGCCCCCGCUGCGACCGGCGCCAGCGCCCGCCGUCACUUGCCGCCCUCGCGACCAAGGAGACGGGGGACAACACCCGCAACGCCGCUCGCCGCAGAAAACGACGCCGCCGCGCCACCCGAGGCCGCUGCCUCGGCGCCCAAAGCCCUCCGCGAAGAGCGAAGCAGCCAGAUCCUCGCCGCCGCCGUCCUGGGCGACCACGCGGGCUUCGCCGGAGGCCUCCUCGGGCGGCGGCGAGAGGGGGAGGAGGGGGGAAGGGGGGCCGGCGGCUAGGGUUUUCGUCGCCUCCCGUGUCGCCCCGAGCGGAGCGACGCGGGGGCCAGAGGAGGGCGUGAAGAAGACCCCCCCACCUCCCUCCCUCUCCCCACCCACUCACUGA